GACGCGUCGACAACGUGCGUCGCAGUUGCAGCAGGUUCCGAUUCGGGUUCAGAUCGAGAUUCGGGUACGGAAUACCGUUUUGCAAAGUGCAGGCUUGCAGGAGAUUCGUGCGUGAUUGCAAAUAGUGUCGCCGCAACAAAAUAGAAAUGUGCACUGUAUGCAGGUGCAUGCAAAUGUGACUAACAGAUAGUUUAGAUUACCAGUGGAUGAUAACGGUUUACGAGUGCGGGGUGACGCCUCCGGCAGCUGUUAUUGCCUAUUAAAACAUAAUCUUAGACUCGGAUUUCUACCACUUGUUCUUUCGUGAAAUGACCCAGUAAACUGCUGCUGAAAACUAGGUCAAGUGCCAAAAACACCGAGCAAAACAAAAGCGGAACAAAACGAAACGGAACCAAGACAGGCCAAUUUUAACUGAGGCUUCAGAGUCGCAGGUGUUUGGGUCUUCUCACCUGGUGGCCACUGGAUGAGCCACCAUGAAGGGAAUCUGCGGUGAGCAGCUCAACAAUUGCAUGCUCCUGGGCGACUGUGAAAAUAGCGAACAUGGCGCCGAGCCACUCGGAGAUUUCGCGGAAGGAGGAGGACAAGUCGAGUCCGGAAGUAGAAGAGGCGGCAGUUUGGCCUUUGCCGCACGACGAGUCCGGAAUCGGCAGGUUCACAGCAUGGCCGUCAGAUCGGGCAGUGCUUAUGAUACCCUGGAGCGACCCUACAGACAUGACAAGUCGCGGGGUCGUUGGGCCAAAUCGGCGGACUUCUACUUCGCCAGCUGCACACACGCCUUCAGUUCGCUGAUCUUCUCAGAACUCUCCACCUUCGGAAUUCUGCACGGCGGUUGGAUGUUAUUUAUAAUUACCUACCUUAUGGGAAUGUUUUUCUACUCGCUGCCAAUAUUUUUGAUCCAAGCAUUUCUGGGACAGUUCUCAUCUUCUGGAUCAAUCUCAGCAUUUCGGGUGGCGCCCAUAUUCAAAGGCAUCGGCUACGCGAUACUGCUCCUUAAUCUGGGAACUCUCACAUAUUACAGCAUUGGAGCUGUGGUGCCCCUUAUCUAUACCGUAAACUCCCUGCACGGGGUUAUACCCUGGAUGAGUUGCAACAACACUUGGAAUACCAAGGAAUGUUCCUUACACGAUAAUUACGAUGUCGAAGCCUACUUUGUAGAUCCCCAUUCCACUGUGGAGUUCUUUAGAUCAACGAUUGCCUCUACGGAAGAAGGUUCUGGUCCCUUAAGCAUAUCCUGGUCCAUGCUCGUUGGCGUUAUAGCCAUUUGGCUGGUGGUUCAGGCCAUUCUGCUAAAGUCAGUUGUUUUUAUUGGUAAGGCCCUCCGAUGCUUCUGCGUGCUGAUGUUCGGCUUCUUUCUGGCAGUAUUUUCGUACUCGGUCAUUCACGAAAAAGUCAGUUUUGAUACCCUGAAAUAUUAUUGGAUGCCACAGCUGGACAGUUUCGAAAGCCUCUGGGCAACAUGUCGCACCGCCCUUUUGAUGGCCGGAGUCGCUUUAGGACCCGGAUGGGGAAGUAUCAUCACCUUGUCCAGUUACAACAACUUUCGCAGCGAUGCCGAGAAAUUAAGCAUCUGGGUGUGCCUAACCCAUAUCACGUUCGGAUUGAUGGGUCUUCUCUGCUGCAAUAUAGCCCACGAUAAUUUUGAGGAUCACGUGGGUUUGAUACCAUUGCAUGUGGAUGAGAAGCACCAUAUGCAGUUCCUGUACCUUUGUUUCUCCUAUUUGUUUGGCCGAUUUACCACGACGCCAAAUCUGUGGGCCUUUCUGUUCUUUGGCAUGAUAUUCCUAUCAGAGUUAUGUGCUUUGAUCAUCCAAAUGAUGUCCGUUCUUACUGGCUUGUUUGAUGAGUUCGAGGCGUUGCGAUCGAAAAGAACUCUGGUGAUCUGUUCUCUGGUCCUCUGCCUCACAGCGUCCUCUGUUUAUUUUUGUACUCAGUUGGGCUUUAGUCAGCUGACUCAGCUACCCAAUUUGGCGGUGUUUACCCAAGUCUUAAUUUCGGGUGUACUUCUGCUGAUGACGACCUGGAUUUAUGGUCGUGUUCGUUUUCAGUGUGACUUGCAGUUUAUGCUGGGCAAAACGAUCUCGAGUUUUAAAAUAUGUUUUAUACGCUUCGUCACGCCCAUUUUUCUGGGAUUGUGUUUGUUCCAACUCAGCUAUCUGCUUGUGCGUGAUCACACCCACGAAGUCCUUAUUUACGUGAGCCAGGGCUUGAUACUCCUGACGGCCAUAUCGUAUAUGGGCUAUAAGGUGUGUCGGACGAACGGCAAUUGGCGCCAGCGGUUGCAACAGUGCCUCGCUCCACACGACUGGCAUCCGAUGGAUGCGGAUAACCGACGAUUUUACGAGGAAAUCAUGGGCAUCUCUGAGAUGCUGGUGAUCGAUGCCAAUGCCAAUACCACAUAGUGCCUAAAUAUCGAAUACUCUUUAGAUCAAAACUAAACGCUUCAGGCGUCGCCACAUUACAAAUGAACUGAACUGAACUCACUUUUAUUAUACACCCAUAUGCGGUCACACACACACAUACACUUACAGUCACCCCAACACAUACACAGAAAAGCCGUAAGAGUACCGUUGGUGUUUUUGAUGGAGUCGUACUGAUAUUUUCCAAAUGCUAGCUAUAGUGAAAAAUAAACUGGUGAUAUUUAGUAGUUGCCUACUGAAAAGAUCAAGAAGCUUUGGCCAAAAAAUAUUGUUACUAAUUAAUAAAGUUUUACCUUUUAGUCAUGUA